UCCGGUGAGUUAAGAGAUGUAUGCUCUUCUUACAAAGAAGACAGAAGAAAAGGAUCAGAAAGCCAAGGAGAAGCAAAUGGAUAGAGAUGGCAUUGACUUAGAUCCCUCAGAAGAUGAAAGUUGUGGUGAAGAAAAUUCAGAUCAUAGGAAUCAAGUUCUUGCACUGAAGCAAAAGCCAGCAAAAGGAUCUAAUAGCACAGUGGUUGGUGGUAGCACUAUUGAUAAUUUCUUCAAACCUCCUUCUGUAGAAGAAUCUGUUCAGAUGAUGCGAAAGGGAAUUAGCCUCAAAAACAAGGUUCAGACAUCCUUGACGACUCAGAAAAGAGAAGAGAGAAGGGACAGAGCUUGUGAAUAUAUAUGUCAGUUUUUCUAUGAAGCUAGCAUUCCACACAACACAGUCACCCUUCCUAGCUUUGACCACAUGCUUGAGGCCAUUGGAGAAUUUGGCAGAGGUUUGAGAGGGCCUAGUCCUUAUGAGAUGAGUGGACCAUUUCUGCAAAAAAGGAAGAAAAAGGUGUUGGAUGGUUUCAAGAACCACAAGGAAUCAUGGGAGCUCACUGGAUGCACAGUUAUGACAGAUGCAUGGACAGAUAGAAAGGGUAGGGGAGUGAUGAAUUUAGUUGUGCAUAGUGCUCAUGGGGUCUGUUUUGUGGAUUCAGUGGACUAUUCAGGUGAGAGAAAAGAUGGAAAAUACAUAUUUAACCUUGUGGACAACUGCAUAGAAGAUAUCGGAGAGGAAAAUGUUGUCCAAGUGGUGACAGACAAUGCUAGCGUCAAUACAACAGCGGCAAGUUUAUUGAUAGCAAAGAGGCCCUCAAUUUUUUGGAAUGGAUGUGCUGCUCACUGCAUAGAUCUCAUGUUGGAGGAUAUUGGGAAGCUUGGACCAGUGGAGCAAACUAUUACCAAUGCAAGGCAUGUGACUGUAUUCUUGUAUGCUCAUACUAGGGUGUUGGAUUUGAUGAGGAAGUUUCUUAAAAAAGACUUAGUUCGCUCUGGAAUUACUCGGUUUGCCACUGCUUACCUGAAUCUAAGAAGCUUGCUAGACAACAAGAAAGAGUUGACAAGGUUGUUUAGAUCAAAUGAACUCAAUGACUUGGGCAAUUACUUAAAGAAGGACAAGGGGAAGAAAGCCAACAAAGUAAUCAGAUCUGAAGCCUUUUGGAAAAAUGUUGAUAUGGCUGUUAAUUUCUUUGAGCCUUUGGCUAACGUGCUGAGAAGAAUGGAUAGUGAUGUGCCAGCAAUGGGCUUCUUCCAUGGAUUGAUGCUUGAGGCAAAGAAAGAAAUUUCUGAGAGGUUUGACAACGAUGAGAGUCGUUUUAAAGUUGCUUGGGAUAUCAUCGAUAAAAGGUGGGACAGCAAGCUUAAGACUCCACUACACUUGGCUGGGUAUUAUUUGAAUCCUUACUUCUAUUACCCAAAGAAGUCAGAGAUUGAGCAUGAUGGAUCCUAUAGAGCAGGAGUGAUUGCAUGCAUUACAAAGAUGGUUGAUGAUGAAGAAAUCCAAGAUAAUAUAAUUGAAGAACUAAACAUGUAUCAGGAUCAGCAAGGGACAUUUGGACAUGAAAUUGCCAUAAGGCAGAGGAGAAACAAGAACUUCAAUCUAGAUGAAGAAGAGAAUCUAAUAUGA